GCCGAUAGACGUUCGCACGCCGUCGUCGGGUACGCGAUCCGGCCUGGCGUCCCGUCAACCGCCACAACGCGCCCUAAUCGUGUGUGCAUCCGCGUUUGCCAGCGUCAACUGCCGCCGCGAAACUCCCGCAAUCGCCCGGAAUCUUUACGACCACCGCCGCCUCCAACGCUCAACCCGAGUGGCCUCGCAACGGGCCGCCAAAUUCAUCGACGCAAGAACUUGUGACCAGGGAUAAACGCAGGUGCGUUCCCACAUCGCACACCAGCCGCACACAGAGGAUUACUGUAUGAAAAUAGUUAAUAAAAUUGCUUGUCGUGGAAUCGACGCCUAAAUAAAUUGUGUUGCAAACAAUCGGCUGUUCGGAACGUGAACAAAACAGGUGGACGCUCUGCUGGGAUGCUUUAGGCGGGGUUGCGGGGGGCCGUCCCCCCUUCUAACCUGGCGCCGCCAUCACGGAUCACCACGGCGACCGGCACAGAUGUCUUGACAGCGGGCCCGGGGCCACCAGGAUGCCUACGGACGACGACUAUGGAAGGAGACAACAAAUCACUCUGCAACAACAGCAACAACAGCAGCAGCAACAACAACAGCAAGCUGCGACGUGUCCUGCUGGCUGUCCUGCUGCUGGCGGUGGCAACGAUACGCGCUAUGCGUCCACCGCGCCCUCCUCGGGUGGGUCGGGUGCGGGCGAGAAGACGCUAUUGUCGGCGGAGUUGUCGCGCUUCGCCGCCGAGCGAUCGCAUUCCGACCGGCUACCAUCUGGUGAGCGGUACCAUGGCGCCUCCGAACGCUAUCCGCUGGGUGGCGUGCAGCAAGCGGCCAUCUCUUCGGAAAGGCUACAUUAUUACGAACGCGGUUGUCAGAGGUACGCGGAGCGAGAACGCGAGCGUUACCAGGGUAGCGCGCACCUGGGGGCGGCUAGUGUCAGCACGAGCAGUGGCAUGGGUUCGCUCGACCGUUACUAUAGCGGUACCGCGGCGCAGUUGGAGCGCGAUGCUCGUGAACGCUAUGCGAGGACCGGCACGCCGACGGAACGGUACCUUGGUCUCGCCACCGACGAACGCAAGGAGCGAUGCGGUAGUAGCACCUCCGACCGUUACACGCCUGAUAAAUACGACCGCCAUGAGCGACAUUCAUCCGCGCAAAAUGUCUGCUCCGACCGCUUUACCCCCACCGAACGCGAGCGUGACCGUGAUCGGGACCGUGAAAGGGAACGCGACCGCAGCGAGCGCCGACGUGAGGAAGCCUACCACCAUCACGGGUCCAAGACCCUCCCGCCCGAGAUCUACAAGUACAACAAGGAACGUUCGGUUCCCGCUGGACGUUAUCAGAGCGGAAGUGGCGUUGGCGGUGGCGGCGGGCACCACCAGAGCCGCGCCACUAUGGAGCCGUACAUGUCUUUCGCUGAUCGCUUCCCGCCCAUCCCGUGCCCCGAGCGUUUCGCCAGCGGAGGUGGCGGCUCCGCACCGCAGCAACAAGGCGACCUCAAAUUCGCAACUACUCAAGUACCUUACAUGGAACCGCCGUCGCCCGCGCCAGCCGGCGACCGCUUCAUCCCGCCGCCGCCACUCUCGCCAACGCACACGCCCCCAAGCCCGGAGGCGUGCUACCCUUCACAACCGUUCCCCUCCCCGACGCCGCAGCAACCGGAGCAACCACGCUUCAUCCCGCCGCCGCCGCUCUCGCCAUCGCCCACCGACAGCUACGCCAAGACGCUGGACCGCUACGAGAAGGCCGCCAAGUACCACCACCAGCAGCACGGUCACCAGCUCGGACACCAGCACGCCGGCCACCAACACCAAGACGCCAGCCACCGCUACUCGUCGACGUCGCCCAAUCCCGACCGGUAUUAUGGCCAGCAUCGGGGAUACUACGCCGCCGACCGCCUAACACCCAACUGUGAAUCCGGCGGUGGGAGGUAUGCGGAACCACGCUACGUACCACCAAACGCGCAUAUGCCUGUUGAGCGCUAUGUCCCACAACUACCCCCACAACAACCAGUUGGUGAAUAUGGUGUGGGAGCUGGUGGGGGAGCCGGAGCCUACCAUCAAUUUUACCCUGGAGCUGGUACACCUCAGAAGUACCCCGCACAGGACCCCUAUAUGCGGCGUGAUCUUGCAUUCCAUUACCGCCUCCCAGUGCCGUACCCGCAAUACCAAACAGGGACAGGCACGCAUUCUUCCCAGCGUUCUAUGCGCUACGUAGGCACGCCUAGUCGCAUGAAGUGUUGCGGGUACCAGGACGGGUACCAGCUGACGAAAUCAUCACCAGGCUCGUCCUCAAGCAGCUCAGUCACCAGCCACGGCAAGGAUGGCAGUAUGCAGGAUAUUCAGUGCCAAAGUUAUCUCCCGGUUGGGGCGCAGCUACACCAGGAGAAGGGCAUUCAGUGCAACAAGGACGUGCAGUGCUCCGGCAUCAGCGUGGGUACACUGCGUGCAAAGGCCAACGGUGGCAGCGCCCAGUGUCGCCAUGGGCUGUGUGCAUCGCCCAGCGUGGAGUACAUGGGCGCAUCAGGCGGUCGACUGGUGAGCGCCACGCCGCCCCCACGUGGUAGCAUUGGUUCCGGCGAUGGGUCCGUCUGUAGUGAUCCCUGCUGCGGACGGAAAGCCACCGGUCAGCCAACGCAAGGAUCCCUCACCGUUGCUAUUUGGAGAGCACCCACAUCACAAUCCAGCAGCCAGACCUCACAGUCCACUUCAACGCAACAUGCAGGAGGUGCUCAGCAGAAACUCCAGACACCCUCGCCGGCUGGUACAACGCACAACUCCAGCGAACAUCUCCAGGGUCAGCUUGAUGAGGCGUCCGCUGCGAUGGUGGGCAGCAUGCAGCGCGCCGCCUCCCCGAAACCAUCUCCGGGCCACCGGGCGGUUUCGCUGCCUUCUGCUUCGCAUGACCCACCGCAACAAUCACCCGCCGAACGGGCGCCUCCCAGCCGCCCUAUCAACUAUUCGCAGAGUGAGCGUAUUACGCGUGAGCGUCCCCGACUUAUGCGGAACCAUUCCCGCAAGGAGGUCAUCAAGAACUACAUCAAACGCGAGACAGCGACCUUUUUUGGUGUUUGCGAGGAUAAUACCAGUGUGCAGGAGCGACGAUGGUUGGAAAGGCGUAAGAGGAUGGCCACACGUACCUACAGCGCGUUGAAAGAUGAGAGCGAGUUACCAGAACGCUUGAGGAAGAGGUACCGGUCAGCGGCGGCUGAUAUGCAUCGAAAUGCACCCAGCUCGAUGGCACAGGCACCGAUGGAUGUACGUCCUGAUGUGCUGCCGGGUCCCAGCGAUGUGACUGAUGCAAAUGUUGGAGGUGUUGGUGGUAUGCCCAUGAGAUUGGAUGAGGAUGUCCGCGCGAAGGAUUCGGUUGCCCGGAUGACUUGGGAUGGGUUGUCCUAUGUUGUAACGACCCUGACGCGGCACCAGCAACGUGAUCGCCCCACGCAGACCUCACGAAGUUACCCGCCUGAUGUCCCACCAGCGCGCCUACCUCCCGAAGAGAGUAUUUUCUUUGGUCGACCGCAUAGCGGCGCAACACCUGCUAGUAGUCCCGACGCUAUCGACCGAGGUUCUAGUGAGGAGGUGCCAUUGCGACACCCACCAUUCCGCAGCAGCCACGUUGGGUGGCGGCGCGAUCCGCAUCAUAUCUCGCGUGCCGAGCAGGCGCGCCCCAGUGUCGGCGGGUCGCGGAUCAGCCUCGCCGUGCUGGACCGUGCGUUGGACAACUCCGAUCGCCGGCAGUACGGCAUGGGUUGGGUGGGUAAGAUGUUUGGCAGGUCGAUGCGGAAGACGAUUGCCGCCGACUCGAAAGUGCGAGCUCAACUUGACGAUAUGGAGGACUACCGGCCGAUGUUCACCUACUGGGUGACCACCGUGCAGAUCCUCGUGAUGGUCAUUUCAAUCAUCUGCUAUGGAAUUGGUCCGUUCGGGUUGGACAUGCAGGCGCGCUCCGGGCAGGUGCUGGUGACAUCCCUCUCUCUACAGCAGGUGGAUUUUCGUGAACCAGCCAAUUUCUGGUUUGGUCCGCGUGCAGCUGACCUCAUCCAUCUGGGAGCUAAGUUUUCACCGUGUAUGAGGGUGGAUAACAAAAUCAUGCAGCAGAUUGAGAAGACGCGGGCGAAGGAGCGGGAGACGGCAUGUUGCAUACGGAACGACGAUUCGGGUUGUGUGCAAUCUUCACAGGCGGAUUGUUCGAUACGUGGAUUGAGGCCAUCGAAAACCAUCUCAACGUGGAAGAAGUGGUCAGCAGGCGAAUCAGGCCCGGGUGGUCGGAUCUCUGGUUCCGUGUGCGGCUUGGACCCAAAAUUUUGCGAUGCGCCAGCAAGUGUUCAUCCGUACGAAUGGCCGGACGACAUCACCAAGUGGCCCAUUUGUAGAAAGACCAACACACAAUCGUCCAUUCAGAAGCGCGGACCGGGUACCCGCGACCGCCUCGCUGAGCACAUGGUCUGUGAAGUGAUCGGACACCCCUGCUGUAUCGGCAUCCAUGGUCAAUGUCGCAUCACGACCCGCGAGUACUGCGAUUUCGUCGAGGGAAAGUUUCACGAAGAAGCCAAUUUGUGUUCUCAAGUCUCCUGCUUAAACGACGUGUGUGGAAUGAUCCCGUUCUACUUCUUCGAGAUACCCGACCAGUUCUACCGCCUGUGGACGUCGCUCUUUCUACACGCCGGGGUCUUGCAGUUGGUGAUCACGUUCUUCAUCCAGUACUUCUUGAUGCGUGACCUGGAGAAGCUCACCGGCAGCCUGCGGAUCGGCAUCAUCUACAUCGGCAGUGGCGUGGCCGGAAAUCUGGCCAGCGCCAUCUUCGUACCGUACCGCGCCGACGUGGGCCCAUCUGGUUCCCAGUUCGGUCUGCUGGCGUGCCUCAUCGUGGAGGUGUUGAAUGCGUGGCCCAUGCUGCGUCAUCCCAAUCAGGCACUCUGCAAGCUGCUCACCAUCACGCUGGCGCUCUUUGCGCUCGGCUUGCUGCCAUGGGUGGACAACUACGCACACCUCUUCGGCUUCGUCUUCGGCUUCCUGCUGUCGUACGCCCUGAUGCCGUUCGUGGCGUUCGGCAGCUACGACCGCCACAAGAAGAUCCUGCUGGUGUGGGUGUGCCUGCUGUCGGCGCUCUUCCUCUUCACCUGCCUCGUGCUGCUCUUCUACGUGUUCCCCGUCUACGACUGCAAGCUGUGCUCGUACUUCAACUGCCUGCCGCUGACGCCCGACUUCUGUGCGUCGCAGAACAUCAACUUCAUGCGCGAGGAGCCCGUGGUAUGACACACGGCCACGCGGUUGUUGGCCGUCGCCGCCGCGCCCGCCCACGCCCACGCCCGCCUGCGCUCCGGCGCGCGGACGCGGCCCCGGGAGCGAAACCAUUGGCGGAAUUUUUGCAAUUAUUCACUUAAUCGACGUACUAAUUACUAAAUGAUAAUGGGUAAGCAUUUAUAUACAUAAUAAUUAUUAAUUACUUAAUUUAAUAACAAGUAAACCAAGAUGAUAAUGAGGAUAAACAAUUGUGUGCGUGUACGAUUUGUAAACAUGGUUAAUGUGAGCUAACUACUAAAUGUUAUUAAACGAUCACGAGCGCGAUUGGCGGCGGCCCUUCGCAGCACGAUGCCACAACACAACAAAAAUGGACAGCUGUUAUAUAAAACAAUGUGAUAAAAAGACGAUAUCUGUACUUAAUUAUUAUACAUACAUAUAUAUUAAUUACUUAAUUAAUUACAAACAAAUACUUAAUUAAUUAAACGUUAAUUAUUAUUAAAAUUAUUACGAGUCAUUAUGGCGGAGGAAUCCAACACGGACACGGAAGAGUACCGUAGGGUAGCAAUGUGUAAUGCUAGCCGAUCCGAACUUCUGGGCGAAAUCGAGGCGAAUCACCACCACACUACCAUCACCACCAUCACACGCAGCAAUAGCGAUCGCGAAGUCGCAGAGAAUUGAUGUUCAACGUGCAAUCGAAACUUUUCAUUAAUUACUUAUCAAUUUACCGACCGGUAAGCUAAUACGCAGCCAUACGCAGGGAGGACCCGACGGAUCUAUGACUCGAUGUACUCACACGAACACACACACAAAUUAAGCGUAACGAAACCAAAAAAAAAAAGUGUUAAAGUGUAAACCAUGGAAUUACCCGAAAUGUCGUCACCUGCUCCUCCUGCCGCCCGUACACGCGCGCCACCACACGCCCUCCCCCUUAACCCACCACCCAUUCAGGCCGGUGUUCCAGGACCUUAGGGCCUUGCUUUCUUCUGAUUACAGCAGGAAGCUGGGCCCUAAGGGCGUGCAAUCUGUCCGGCCGGCUCUCGCUCGCUCGCCCCGAUUCACACACUUGUAAAACUUUGAAUUUUUAACCGUAAUCAUGUAAGAAUUCAUAAAAUAAAUAUUGUAAAUUUAUUGCAAUCGAAACAAACAUGUAAAAUAACGUAAUAAUGCAAACGUAACAAAACUUUAAAAAAAAAGCAAAUGAUUGAAAUUUGUUUCUGUUGUUCUGAUCAUUGUUAUAAAUAUUUCUUGUAAUACAGCGCAGAGUAACAAAUGAGGGACGCGUAUGUUUAGUUCUUGUUUUGAGAACGUUCGAGAUGCGAUGCUACCUGAUGCAACGUUGUAUUGAUUAAGAAUAAUGUACAUCACAUCAUUUUGAGAUUUGUGUCGACAUUUACCGAAAGCGAUGAGCGGAAAAUUGAUUAUUAUGAUUAUUAUUACGAUAACGACUAUAAAUAUAUUAAUAUAUAAAUAAAUGAUGACGUUUGUUAUUAAGACAUAUAAAUAAAAGUAUUGAUAAAGAUACCGAUUGAAGGAGAGCGAUGAAAUUGCUAAAAUCACAAAAAAAAAUCUUACUUUGUAUUUGUAAAUGGUUAUUAUCUGAUUACUUAUUGAACAAGAUACUUGUAAUUAACUUACUUUUUGGACUGAAUAUAGGAGUUUAAAUAUCAUCAUGCAAAACACACGAAUAACAAGCAAAAGCCACCAAGAAACUUACAAACUGUACACGAUAACAAGUGCAAUGCUCAUUCGGUUGCCCAAGCAACAUGCGCAUCAAAUUUUUGAUUACGACCGGAUUACGAAACGAUUGAAGAUGGGAGAACAAACUAGACGUGAACAAAAAAAACAUGAAUUAACAAGAACAUCAGGUGUUACUAUUAUAUAUAAAUAAAUACAAAUAUAUAUACUCUAUAAGACCAAGCCUUAAACAUACAUGAUACAUAAUUAUAUACAUAUAUGAUGAUGAUAAUUAUGUUGAGAGGAAAACAAACAAAAAAAAAACUUAAAAACAAAUUGCGAGCACGCAAGCGAUGCAAACCUGCAACAAAGCGCAAACGAGAACAAACAAAAACGCGAAAAAUGCAAAAUGAUAAUGAGAUAUAUGAAUUUGACAUUGAAUGAAUGAUAUGGGUGAUGAUGAAUAAUGAAUAAAAUAAAAUUACUUCUGCACAUAA